UUUAAUAUCAGUGCCAAACAGUAAGUUCUUAAUCUGCAAGAGAAGCUGUAAAGAGUUAUGGAUCUACUUUUACCAAUUACCUCUUUAUUGAUUUUAUAGACUGAGUUUUAUUAUUUUUUGAAAAACUCUAAGGUGCCAACCUACUUAGGAAUUCAGCAUUACCCUUAUCCGGGAAUUCCAGUUAGCUUUAAGAAAAAAUGCUCUCUUACAGUCUGCCUACACACAGAGGCAGACCCAGCAUUAUUAUGCAGCAUAUCUUUGUCACAGCAAAAACGUUUUCACAAAAUAGGAGUUAUUAGAUCAGGGUAAGUUCUAUUUAUUUACUGCCUGACAUUCAGCCUCACUUAAGACAGCAACAUGGCUUGGCCCCUGCUGGAGCUGUCAGUCAGUUCUCUUCCUCAUUCUCACAUUUCCUCCCAUCUCUGCCAUUUCUGUGCUCUUCCACACUGCUCCCCUAAAACAGUUUUGAUCCUGCAAGAAAAUUUCAAAGCCCUUUGCUGUUCCAUCAGUGGAAUAAUAAGAGCUGACAUUUACGUGUCAUCUCCAGGCUUUCUGAUCUGACAGUUUAAUGAAGUUACAAGGAGACAGGGUUCACACUUCUGAGUCAUUGCUUCAGCAGCUCUGCAGACACAGGUAGACAUGUUGGAAGCUGUCUCCAGCAACAGUAAGAAACACUAGAAUCACGGAACCCUGGAGCACAAGGGCUGUGUAUAUCUGAGCAUCUGCUGUGCCUGUAGCUGACAGCCACUGAGACCUGCACAAAAUGGUCCCUGACCACAUUGUUACCCGCUGAUAGCAACUCAGUUCUGAUCAUGUUCUGCCUUUUGAAGGGCGUCCUGCUGCAAAGAAGCCUCACCAUGGUUGUGCUGUAAGAUACACUGCGUGUGCUCAGCCGUCACAGACGUGAGGCACCAUAGAUUACUACGGUGGGGGAGGAAGAAAGGUCUCAAAAACAGGUUCCAUCAAAAUAUUUUAUUACGUUUGUGAGCUUCUAACCGUAAAUUGGCAACUGUACAGAAAAAUCCACUUCGACGUGCACAUAAAUACCUCCUCCUCUGUCGAUCUCUAAGAGCCGGGCAGCAGCGAGUCCUGCCGCACAACUGGCUUCGGCCGUGCCCGGAGAGGCUGCCCGCGGAAGGGCCUCACGUACCUGGGCGCAGCGGGGACAAAGAGCCCGCUGAUGGCUGCCGCGCACGUGUCCGCCGAGCCGGGGGCAACGCAGGACGGGCCGAGCCGCCAUGACUACCGCCCCGCCCGCUCCCUCCCCCCACCCGCCCAGGCCUGGCUCCCGGCCGUCCCGCCGCGCCACCUGACCGGCGGGGACCCGCGGGCAAGCCGAGGCUUGUCCCGGCCUCACAAGCCCCGAGGGCCGCGCUCGCUGCGGUGCUCCAGGCCCGCUUCGCCACGCCGCCGGCAGCCGAGCCGGCGCCUCCGCCGCGGCGGUCACGGGUUCGAAUCACGCUCCCGCCAGGCUCCCGACGCGGAGCCAUCUUGUACCCCGCGGCCGCCGCCCGGCCCGGCCUUCCCCCAACAGGAGGCUCCUGGCCCCUCAGGGCCGCACCCCCGGGCGCUGCCCUUCGCCACGAGCUCAGGGCUGCCGCGGGGGCAGGGCAGGCCAGGCCAGGCCGCGGGCAGAACCGCCGGGAACGCUCACGGAGCGACUUCGCGGCCGACGCGGGCCGACACGACAGCGGGGCGGAAGGAUCUUCUUUGAACAGAAGAUGCAAUGUGCUUUUAGACUUAAGGGUUUCCAGGUGAAAAUACCUGGGACAAGAAGGUCACAAGAACAAACUGUACUGCAAAGACAGAUGCUCUUCAGUCUCAGGGGCAGACCUGGUAGACACUAUGG